CGCGCCGCCCGCCUCCUGCGGGCUCUGGCGGCCGCUGAUAGGCGGUGGCGGGAGCGGCCCCCCUCCGGCUGGGCCGCGGUCGGUGCCUGGCAGCCAGAGGGUCGGCGCCGCCAUCGCCAUGGGCACCCGCGACGACGAGUACGACUACCUCUUCAAAGUUGUGUUGAUUGGAGACUCUGGAGUUGGGAAGAGUAAUCUUCUGUCACGUUUCACACGCAAUGAGUUCAAUCUGGAGAGCAAGAGCACCAUUGGGGUGGAAUUUGCUACCAGGAGCAUCCAGGUGGAUGGGAAGACGAUAAAAGCGCAGAUCUGGGAUACUGCAGGACAGGAACGAUACCGUGCCAUUACCUCAGCAUACUACCGCGGUGCUGUUGGGGCUCUUCUUGUCUAUGACAUUGCCAAACAUCUCACCUACGAGAACGUGGAGCGUUGGCUAAAGGAGCUUAGAGAUCACGCGGACAACAAUAUUGUCAUCAUGCUGGUGGGUAACAAGAGCGACCUGCGCCACCUGAGAGCUGUGCCCACUGACGAGGCCCGGGCUUUUGCAGAAAAAAAUAACUUAUCUUUUAUUGAAACUUCUGCUCUGGAUUCAACAAAUGUAGAAGAAGCCUUCAAGAACAUCCUUACAGAAAUCUACCGCAUUGUUUCGCAGAAGCAGAUUGCAGAUCGGUCUGCACACGAUGAGUCUCCUGGCAACAACGUAGUUGACAUCAGUGUCCCACCAACCACCGAUGGACAGAAAUCCAACAAACUCCAGUGCUGUCAGAACCUGUGACCUCCUGUCGAUGACUCUUGUGCCCCUCACUUCGUCUAGGCUUCAUUUAGAAACUUGUGUGCACUUCUUAUCUCCUGUGAUUCAGUGACUCCCUCUUCCCUCCUUUACCCCAUUCCCAAGUCCCCCCUUUCAUCUUAGAGCUUUAAUUGUAGGGCUAACAUUCUCCUGCCUCUGAAAUCCCCUUCAGUGUGGUGACUUUUGGGCUUGAAACGUAGGCACUGAUCUGAUAGACAUGUUUGUGUUGGAACAUCUGCUGCUGGAUAUUAUCCCAUGAAACACUCUCCUCAAAUGAUUUUGUUUGUGUUUGGUUCUUGGGGGGUUUUGUUGGUUUUUUUUUUUUCCUGUGAGAGCAACCAUGGUGACUUGACUAUAACAGUUGAAGAAAUAACUAAUUUAGGUGACAAGGUUUUUUUCCUCCCAUAGUCAGAUUUUUCUUGCGUUUCUGUAAACAUGAGGGAGAAAUUAAAAGAAAAUAGCUAUCCUACCAAAUGCUCUUUUUUUCUGUCCUGAUAGUCUCACAGUGAGGUUUUUAGUGGCUGCACACACAUAAGAAAGCUGUUGAAAAUAACAUUACUUAUUAUGUAACUACCCCUAAUACAGUUAGUCUGGCUGUGUAGUUUACUGUUUCCUGCUUGGGAAAUCUUUCUCUAUUCUUGUUUUAUUUGGGAACAAUGAAGUAUGUCUGCAUUGCUUUCUCUGCCACCAUGAAUGCCUGUGCUGCUUGUGCAGGCUUUGUGAAGUGGCCUAAUAUUUAUUCAUGGCUUAUGUUAAUCAGUUAACAUUACUGUACAGUAAGUGCCAGCAUACUGAUUUCAGAAACCUUUUGCAACCUGUACAAGUAGGCUUAUUUUGUACUGUAGAUCAGUGUCUGAAAGCAGGAUCUUCUAUAGUUCCAGGAUUUUUUUGCAUGCUGCUUUUUCUCUAGAUCUCUCCUACCCCUGUUUGAGUGAGUGAAGCAAUAUUUUCAUGUCAUGUAUAUACCUGCACUUGUAAGGGUUUUGGUUGUUGUAGAGAAACACAGUACUUUAUACAUUUUGUAAAACUUCUGCAGAACCAUAGCAUCUUGAACUUCUCUUCAUGAUCUUUCACUAUUGACCUUGUGCAUAAUCUUCUUGACCUCUACUAAAAUGCAUAAUAUGAAGGUUUCACGUAAUAGCUACUAACCUGUUGUUUUCCUCUUACUCAGUUUUACUGAAUUGCAGACUGUAAUUCUCAAAUGAUUGUACUUCACCUGAUGUAACAGAUUUGUCAUCAGCAGGGCUAACUACUAUAAUACUUUGUUUUGCUGAAUGGGAAGAAUGUUAUCACAACUUUGCGUAGUCAGUCUCUUGCUAGCUUGUGAAAAUCCUCUAUGAUGAUGGCUUUUCAUCAUUCACUAGCUGUUACACGCUUUCAUCCCCUCUGGUAUACACUGAAUGUUAUGAUGAGGCAAAUACUGGGUGAAACUGUCUAAAGGAAGAGUUGGAGACCAUCUGCUGCUCUCUGAAGGCUAGUGAAGCAAUUUGCAGUGAAUUUUUGCUCUGUAUUGUGAGACUGUACCUCACUCUGAAUCCUACCUGCAUAUUAGUGAGUUGAUUUUUCUUUUCUGAUACAAAGCAAAUAUGAAACUGUGAAUUGUGCUUGAAGGGGAAAUCUGACAUUCCAGUCUCAACUGUUCUGUCUGGUUAUGUAAUAAAAUUAAGGGCGGUUAACUCUGAUGGCUUUUCUUUUAUAAGAUUUGCAGACCAACGCCAUUAAUUUUGUGCUGUAUAUACCUAGAGGGCUGUAGUUCACAGCAAAGGGUGCACGUGGUGCCUAGCACUUCCACUGUUCAGCUUGUAGAGGGUACGUUCGAGGUGAAGGGGUGCAUGCUUGUAGCCUAAUCUCAUUGAAUGACGAUAUGAAUUCCUCUUUAGGCAUCGCAGUGUUCUGUCCCAAGGGUGUCCCAGUUUCAACACUUGGUAUUUACUUUGAUGGCAUCCUGUUGAGAGAAGAUGCAGCCAGUGGGAAGUGGAGACAUCUCCUCUUUGGUGAUCCUAGACCAGAAUGUGAUGUGCAGUCAGUAUUUAGAAGGCUGGCAGAUGAGCACAUCAUCAGAGAGAGUGGAAAAUUCUGAGGUAUUGAAAAUAUUUCGUUCAAGAACAGGUGGACACUAGUGGAGCUGGGCUCCUUAAUUUUUGAAGAAAACUUUAUUUAUAAAGAAAUGAGUUGAAUAGCACGAGGAAGAAUCAUGCUGUUAAGGCUUAUUAGUUCAGGGUGAUGUAUUAACGUGUUUACGCCACAAAUCCUGUUCUUAGCAUGAAGUUUCCAGAAUCACUCUGGCCUGGUAUAAGAAGUUGAGAAGCAGUUCAGUCACUUCCUUGUCUCUUAACAGAUAUUUUGUCUUUGACUUUGUGGAAGGCUCUUAAGUUUUGCCUCAGAGUCCCAACAAAAGGUUCAUGUCUAGGGCUUUAGUGUUGUUAAAUUAUAUGGGUAUCGAAGAGAUUUUGUACAACUUCAUUGUGCGUUGACCAAGGCCCCCUCAGAGCAGGUGGGGUCUCAGACCUGUGCCGUCAAUGCUGGGAGUUGGGUUGUUUUUGAGAUCUGUUGUGUGACGUGGAAAGGCCUGCUGUCCUUUGCUGCAGGACUGUUUGGUACACCCGAGCGGUGGGAAGCACAUGUGUGCGUGCACGUGUGCGCGCACAUAGCUCGUGUGAGCACCGUAAGCUCUGCUGUGGCUCUAUCUGCUGUGGUCGCUCAGUUUAUCGGAGUAGGUGUUGGCUCUUUCCCAGAUUGCUGUGCCGCUCUCCAGGCGGUUAGAGACGCAGCCCUUUGGUGGGUUUGAGACGCUCUUGCCGAGACCAAGCCCAGAGCCAUCGGUGCCGAUAGAAAAAGGACAAGUGGAGCAGUUCUGCCUGGUAAAACCGUCUUCCUGGGUGUAGACAGGAAAAUGCUUUUGACCUCGAGUACCGCGGUGUCUCGCUGAAAGCAUUGUGCGCUGCUCAGAACUAUAGUUACCACCCAGCCCCCUGUUGGCGAUGGUUACUGAAAUUGCAGAGGGGAAGACUUGGAGGAAUCCUGAGGAAGCUCGAAUUAUUGAAGAGCUGUCUGACAUUCAAAGCUCUCCAUUAGGCCAGACCCCUUCACCAUGCUUUCCUGAUGUGAAAAUAGCAGUUAAAUGUAACGUCACCUGGACUGCUUCAUACUGCAGCUUCGCUGGCUCUGUGUCCCUCAGUGGUACUGUCAGGAAAAUAGAAAAGGUUCCAGCUCUCUUCCAUCUGCCAGAAGAGGUUUGAGGGUAGAAUUUGGCUUAUGUAAAACUCGUGACGACAGGAAAGCUGCCUGUGAAAGAAGGAACAUGUGCUAUACUUGCUUUACUUGGAUGUUGAGGAUGACUUUCAUUUAACUAUUGAAAAAUAACGCUAAAAAGUGCCGAGUGCUUCCCACCCAGUGUCAGUGAUGUAAAUCUCUGUUGAAGGCUCCUGCUGAUAGUUAGAACAGGUCUUCUAAUGCAGAAUUAGACAGGGGUCUUUUCUGCUAAUUACCCCGUUAAUUAUCAGAAGAGUAAAGGCCCAAAAUUCACAUAUAAAAUGGAUUUGGUUGAGCACACAAAUGGGUAAUUGGUAAAAGAAAUUCAUUGGGUAGACCUCCUGAAUCUAACUUCUUUUCUUCCUGUUGAGUCAGAUGCUUACGGAGUAGGUGAGUGAUUCUGGGAUCUCCUCCGAGACUUUGUCUGUAGCCUGCACAGGACAAGAAAGUUUAAUUCAUAGGAAGGUUUUAAAGUUCUUGUAUAAAUGUGAAAAUCCAGUUGACGAGUGACUGCUUGCUACUUUGUUAAAAAGGUUUUUGUGCCUGCUGAGGAGACCAUCAAGAUUUGGUAGAAGGAAAAGGCGCCGUGAUCCCUUCCCCCUGUGAUUGCCUCUCAGCACUCCUGGCAGGUUGGAAGCCGUAGAAAGACUGCUGCCUCCUAGAGAUCCCCCCCGCUUGGGUGCCGUCCUGUUAGAUCACUGGUAGUGACCCCACAGAACGCGGAAGGGCUGGUAACGGGGUGUUCUUGUGCGAACAGGAGAGCGCGCUCAGCUGGACGUGCCAGGGUGGUAAGGAUUGGUCUGUGCCUUUUAUCUGAGCAGGUCGUUUACCAAAAGCCGCUUGGAAAUACGUACAGUAGGUGUUUUUUUUUUUUGCUUCCCGAUGGGAAUGAUUCCCCCGUUCCAGAAGCUGUGGGUGUGGGCCAUCAAUGGCUGAGUCUUACCUGUGCUUGGUGGUCGUUUCCCUUCCAAGCACGAAGGAAGAACUUGCUUAGAGGUUCUGGACUGUGUAGAAGCAAAAAAAAAAAAAAAAAAAUCCUAAUGAAGUGACUCAGUCACUUAGGGAGGCCGUUUCCUUCAUCAAGAACUAGGAAAACCAGUAUUAAAGGUAGGGGCCUGAAUUUCAAAUAAGAAAAACCAAGCAGUGGAGGUGAAGACUAACUGUCCUUCAAGUAAAAUACAGUGAUUCAGGGCUGAGGUCGGGUUCUCUUGACUUGCAGAGUCUUAACAGACGAUACAGUGUGGUGGUGAACGGCACGGUGCCGUGAAAUGAGCAUCUCCAGGGCUGCACUCUUUCAGUAAACACCAGUAAUCCUUACUUCAGACUGGUCAGAUCGUGCGCGGCAGCGCUGUCUGUCGGGCUUCGCAGGCUGUAAGUAGCGCCGGACCUUUAUGCAACCCAGAAGAGAGGUUCCCUUCGCUUACUUUUCUUCCUGGCUCCCGCGUCAAGUGCAAUUCACUCUGUAAAUACACGCAUCGCUUGCUCUUUGUGCAUGGUUACGCUGUGUUGUGGAUAUAAAGAUUGCCAAAC